AACCAUCCGCGUGUUGUGCGACGGUGCGUAAAGACAUACCAUUACCUGCGCAGUCUUAGCCAAAUUGGCUGCUACUUUGCACAGUGGGUAGAGACGUGGGGAAGACGCAUGCCCAUUCAUUUGUGACAGCAUACGUUUUGCUUUCUCCUUGGGGGUCCUUUCAUUUCCGCAUAGACAUGUAAGUGUAGACAGGUCUGUAUUGUGGUUUUGUUUGCCUCCCCAAAAUUGGUGAAGACACAAAGGUUCAUGUCUUUUGCAAUUGAUGUCACAGCUGAUGUUUCCCUGGCGGGUGGAGUGACGUUCUUCUUUUCCUCCCCCUUCCCCCUUUGGCGCAGGGACGAUGGAGGACCAGGGCGACUGCAUCCUCACCUUCAGUUCAUACGAAGAAUACGUGAAGAGCAAAAUCACACCCGCGGAUUUGUUCUACAUUGAAGAUGAACAACUCGUAUUCGAGAUAUUCUCACUGGGAUUGCAAAGCAGAGGAGUACUAAGCUGCGAAGACUUCAACAGUACUUACCAAAAGAAGAAGAAAAAAAAGGAGAGUUUGAAAAGAGCGGAGGAAAGAAAAGCAGACGUCGUACAGUAUGAUAUAAACUCUCUAACUGACCACACGAUGAAUUUUUUUUAUGCAAUAAAUUGCCACAUGCAUUUCUGUGAAGCAAACAGAAUUUGUUCCAUCCUGUUCAUCCGUUAUGUUAAUAAGAACCACUCGGAGAUCAGCUCCUACAUAGACGUAAACACUGAAAAGGUCAGGCAAAAAAUAAAACAGAAAAAGUACAUCUACGCAAGUAAAGAUGACUUGGCAUAUUUUAAUUGGCACAAUAAUUACAGCUGUACAAAUGAUAGCGCAAAUUUCCAGAUGGUAGUGAAUAAACAAGUGGGUCUCCUUUUUAAAUACACACGUGGUGGGAAGUACUUCACUUUGAAUCCUGUGCGGAGGGGGAUGAAGAUUCGGCUGAGCGAUAAUAUAAGCGAGGGUCGUAUAUCGGUUGGGUUGUCUACCGGGGAGGAGGAAAAAAUGAUAAGUUUGUGUGACGGGGUGGAGCGCGUGGAGCUCCGCGAUGCGAACUAUUUGCAGUGCAUCCUGUACGUUUUACGUGUG